AUGAUUGGAAUCAACUUAAUUGACAGUCUUGGUGUAGAUUCAAGCACUUUGCAAAAAUUCAAGGAAGCAUCAAACUGCGAUGUUACCUCUCAAGUGGUCAUGGAAUAUGUCGUUAAAGGUUGGCCAGCAGAAAAAUAUCAACUUGAUGAGCUAGCGAGAGAAUACUGGAGUUUUAGAGAGGAACUUAGCGUAGAAGAUGGUUUGUUAUUCAAAGCAGACAGAAUCAUUGUCCCGAGAUCGUUGAGGGCAGAGGUGCUAGAAGAAAUUCAUGGCGCACACAUGGGUGAGAACAAAAGUCUCAGUUUUGCAAGAGAAUAUGUUUUCUGGCCCUCAAUGACUGCACAGAUCAAAGACAAGAUUAGUUCCUGCUCCAUAUGUAAUGCCUUCCGAAACCAACAGCCAAGAGAGACCCUACUACCACGUGAGGUUCCUGGAUUGCCUUGGCAAGUGAUCAGUACUGACAUCUUUGAAUAUGCCGGACAUUCCUAUUUGCUUGUUACCGAUUUGUAUUCAAAGUACUUUGAGAUUGAGUUGUUACGCCAAACCACUGCUAAUUGUGUUAUCAAUAACUUAAAGAAGAUUUUUGCAAGGUUUGGGAUCCCGGUGGAAGUUCUGAGCGACAAUGGCUCCCAGUACAGUAACACUAGAAACCUUUUUAAUAGUUCACAUGAGUUCAAAACGUUUGCAGAUGAGUGGGGUUUCCGUCACACCACAAGCUCUCCAGAGUAUCCACAAUCAAAUGGAGCUGCCGAGAAAGCAGUUCAGACCGCAAAACGGAUUUUAAAGAAAGCGGCUGCUGACAACAAAGAUCCUUUUGAAGGAUUACUCAAAUACAGGAAUACACCCUUUGAUGACUUAGGUGUGUCUCCAGCUCAGCUGCUAAUGAGUAGGAGAACACGUACCCAACUACCGACUCAUCGACGUUUGCUACUGCCUCAGCCUGUUGACCCAAAUCAAGUUGUGAAGACAUUGAAACAUCGUCAGAGUGUUUCAAAAAAGUAUUAUGAUAGUCAUAGUCAUGAUCUCCCUCCUUUACAAGUUGGAGAUAAGGUGCGUAUCCGUCCAAACCGGGAGGCUGAGUGGAGGAAAGCAGAAGUAUUGCCCCGAUCGUACUUAUUAGGAGAUGAGCGUGGGCGUGUCUUCAGGAGAAAUCGACGACAAAUCAUUUCAACACCUAAUGAUCAAUCGAUGAGCACAAGUCCUUUUGUUAUACCAGCCAUUCCUCAACUACCACCAGAAAGUACCAGCAACCCCACACAGUUAAGCAAUAAUGUGACAGCAUCGCCUACACCACCAAAGUCUUCUGAGAGGCAACACGAGACGACACCGAUGAGCACAGCAUCUGGCAGGGUUAUCAAAAAACCACAAAGACUUAUUGAACAUUGUUAA